UUCGAAUACCAACAUACGAACUCCCCUGAAGCCCUAGUACCAAACCAAUCCAUCUCCUAGACCCGUCGUCUUUUCUUAACUUGUGAAACAGACCUAAUUCAAAAACAAAAUCUGUCCUUUAGAACACCAUUGCCAGUCAGUUGGGUGUUCCAAAUUCACCAAUUACCAAGUUUGUGUGUUGAAAAUGGCACCUGGAGGGUUAGAAGAACCAUUGGCUAAUUUGGUUGUUGUUGAUGCCGCGGUGGGAAUUAGUAAUGGAGACGACGGACCAACAACAUCGUCAAAUGAGGAGAAUUGCGGUGUGCAGGUCACGUCCUUUACCGAGGUGUUGGAUGAUGUUACCCUUCACUUCCAGAUCAUACGUCUUCAAAAACAGAACAAUGCAGUGAGUGUAACUAACAUACUUGGAGGAGGUUCUGAUAAUGCAGGAUCUGGCACUGCCCGUCGAAUAGUUUUGAAGACCGGUCUAAAUGUGAUCCUUGCUUGUAACAUCCCAAAGAACAGUCCCAUGCUUGAGGCUGAUGCUGAAAAAAUGCUGGUGCGCAAGCUAAUUAACCUGGGGUAUGCAAUGCCAAAAUCCGAUGGAUCAUCUUCAUAGCAAAGAACUAAGCACAGAAUGCUAUAUGUAAGAAUGCAUUAUAUGGUUGUGGCGAUUCUGGUUACAGUGGUACUGAGGUUCAGGAAAUUGCACCAGGUGGGGGUCCUAAGCACCAUUCAUGGAUUGUGUGAUAGCUUUCUGGCUUUCUUACCAUGUCCUUCUCUUAAACCAUCUUUUGCUUGAAAAAUUGCUGCUGGUUAGAAGGUUGAGCUGCUGGUUAGACCUAUGCCCAAUGAUUUCUAUUAGUGGUUAUCCUUUCAACAUAGGUAGCCACUGCGGUUCUUGACCAUUUUUCGAUGUUGUUGGACAUUGCUCUGCAUUCUUAACCAGGUCUUUGGAUUCCUUGAUCAUCUCUCUUUAUUGAAGGUGAUGAUAGUGCAGUGGAAUGAGUAGUUACUUUGCUUGUCCGUCUUUCUACCUUUAGUCUGUUACUCUGUUGUAAUACUUCAUUCAAUGGCUCCGAUGAGUACUACCUUUUGUGAUUCAAAUUGACAAGUGCAACAUUGGCUAGGAUUGAGCUGUGUGUAAGAGAUUACUGCACAAACCUGUGCUGGUACGAAAACUCCAGCAAAAAAAAACUAUAAAUGAUUAACACAAUGCAAAGGUUGCCUUCUUUUA